GCGGGCGCGGCGCUGCCGCCGGCUGUGCAGCUCCGCGGAGGCGCAGGGGCAGCGCGGAGGGGACGGCGGCCGGCGGCGGGGUUGGAGCGGGACGGGACGGCGCCGCCGCGUUGUGCCGCGCAGCUCUCCUCCUCGCCGCCUCUCUCGGCUCCCGCGGGGUGCGGGCGCGCCCCGGCGCGAUGUGGCUCGGCCCCCUGCUCCUCGGCGCCUUCCUGCUCUGCGGCCCCGUGCGCGGCAGCGACGGCUCGGCUUCCACUGCCGUUACGUGCUUUACAAGAGGACUUGACCUUACCAAGGAGACUGAAGAUGUCCUUUGCCCAGCAAACUGUCCUCUGUGGCAAUUUUAUGUCUUUGGGGAUGGAAUUUAUGCCUCUCUUUCCAGUAUCUGUGGAGCUGCCAUACACAGCGGGGUGAUCACCAAUGCAGGAGGAGCUGUAAGGGUACAGACUCUCCCAGGACAGGAAAGCUACCCUGCUGUAAAUGCCAAUGGGAUCCAGUCUCAGGUGCUCACUAGAUGGGCUUCGUCUUUCUCAGUGACUCGUACCCAAAUUACAGCACUUGAAGCAGUUGGACGAUCGGUAUCAACGGCACGUCCUUCUACAGGUAAAAGAUCUAAGAAGCCACUCGAUAAAAAGGCUGGAAACAAAGACUGUAAAGCUGAUAUUGCAUUUCUCAUUGAUGGAAGUUACAACAUUGGCCAACGUAGAUUUAAUUUGCAGAAAAAUUUUGUUGGAAAAGUAGCUGUGAUGUUGGGAAUUGGAACAGAAGGGCCUCAUGUUGGAGUCGUACAGGCCAGUGACUAUCCAAAAAUUGAAUUCUAUCUGAAAAAUUUCACUGCUGCAAAAGAAGUUUUGUUUGCCAUAAAGGAAUUAGGGUUCAGAGGAGGCAAUUCUAAUACAGGGAAAGCUUUGAAGCACACAGCUCAGAAAUUUUUCUCUUUGGAAAAUGGCGCACGCAAAGGAAUUCCCAAGAUCAUUGUAGUGUUCCUAGAUGGCUGGCCCUCAGAUGAUAUAGAAGAAGCUGGCAUAGUGGCCAGAGAAUUUGGAGUCAACGUAUUCAUUGUAUCUGUAGCAAAACCCACAGCAGAGGAGCUGGGAAUGGUACAAGACAUUGGUUUUGUUGACAAAGCUGUCUGCCGAACCAAUGGCUUCUUCUCUUACCAAAUGCCCACCUGGUUCGGAACUACCAAAUAUGUAAAACCUCUUGUCCAAAAAUUGUGUUCGCAUGAGCAGAUGUUGUGUAGCAAGACAUGCUACAACUCCGUCAACAUCGGUUUCUUGAUAGACGGUUCCAGCAGCGUCGGAGAGAGCAACUUCCGCCUCGUGCUUGAAUUCAUCAGCAACGUUGCAAAGGCUUUUGAGAUCUCGGACAUUGGGUCCAAGAUCGCAGCCGUGCAGUUCACAUACGAUCAGCGUACCGAGUUCAGCUUCACUGACUACACCACAAAAGAAAAGGUCCUCUCGGCCAUCCGGAACAUUCGCUACAUGAGUGGUGGCACUGCUACUGGUGAUGCCAUUUCUUUCACAACUAGGAAUGUGUUUGGGCCCAUGAAAGACGGAGCCAACAAAAAUUUCCUCGUUGUUUUGACUGAUGGUCAGUCUUACGAUGAUGUUAGAGGACCUGCUGCUGCUGCACAAAAAGCAGGAAUAACUGUCUUCUCUGUCGGUGUUGCCUGGGCACCUCUGGAUGAUCUGAAAGACAUAGCUUCUGAACCAAGAGAAUCCCAUACUUUCUUCACGAGAGAGUUCACAGGAUUGGAGGAGAUGGUUCCUGACCUUAUUAGAGGCAUCUGUAAAGAUUUUUUGGAGUCUAGACAAUAAAGAAAAAAUUGCUGUUGGAUAUUACUACUUUGAAACUAAGGUCCCUCUAAAGUAUAGAUGUUUUAUUCUUACAUGUACUAUCACAAUGCAAAGGAAGUAGAAGGGCUACUUCUUGUUUCUGUAGUCAGUCAAGGAUUCUUGUGAGCUUGUUAGAAGUUGUACUGAAUGCAGAAAUUGGCCAACAGCUAUUAUUUUCAAUGCAUAUAUAGUAUCCCCAAAUUUAAAGCUAUGCAUAUCGUGCACUUAAGGCUAUAUCAGCAGAUGAAACAAUACAGCUCUGACAUUUUUGCUGUCACUUGCUAGAUGUCUUCUUACAAGUUAAAAAUAAUAUAAUUUUAAACACACGGUACCAGCUUCUAUAAGCCUUCUGUAGCUUAUGAUUCUGUAUCUUUUCAAGAGUUCUGCUGAUAGUGUGAAGUACUUUCAGUGCUUCAGUUGUGCAACAUCCAUUAUUGCCAGGCAGUUUAAGAAAAGAUAUGACAGAUUGUAGCUAAAAAGUCUAUUUUUACUAGUUUAGAUUUUGCUAUUGUGAAUGAUACUGCCAUGUGGUUGGCAGAGUUUACAUCAAAAGACAUUUAACUUCUACCCACAGAUUUUUGUGGAUCUAUGGUCUUUCGGUUCUUUUGGCACAGAUUUUGAAAGGUAUUUAAGGCACAGUAGUUCUUUUUGAGGAUCUGGAUCGUAACACAUUAGCUGAUACUACUGCUUCCUACACCACUGAAGUCAACAGUGAUAUUCUUAAUCUAUCCGAUAACCGUAUUUUUUCCUGUCUGUGGCCUUGUACUGUCUUGAUUUUAUGAAGCUGUUAUUGGCUAGACAGUUAGAGACAGGAAUCUUGGGCAAAUAGUUUAAAUUAGACCACACACUGGGAACUGAAAGCAUUCAAAUUGAGAUCCAAAGGUAUCUCAAACCUUGAAACCUAACUGAUUUAUAUCAGAUUACAUGGUUAGAAGAGUGUAGGCAGACACAUAAGUGGGACUCAGUAGCUCACAGAAUAACAACUUUCUAAUGCUAGUAAAAACAUCUUUAAAGAUGUGUGAGGUUCUCUGAAGAUGAAAGAGUACUUUUCUUGAAAAAAGGCUUUAAUUUGAUUAUAUACCUAGUAAUGUGUUGAUAUAUUUAUAACUACAUAUGUGUGGUUAAAAUGAUACAAUAUUCACUGAAUUAUUCCAGUUUCCUGGUGUGAAUAACAUACUUCAGGUAUUUAGAAAGAAAGGUUUUUGGAAGUAGAAAACAAAACAGCACUUUCCCUAUCAAUCUAGGGUUUUCCUUUUUUCCUCCCCCCCUGCUAUUGAUUGUAAAAUCCAUAGUAGUUAUGGAGUGGCACAGAAGGGAUUGUAUUAAUCAGGCUUUUGUUGUGCAUUUUUUAAUAACUUAUGACUGGCUAUAUAUUACACUAAACAUGAAUGGCAAAGAUGCCUUGUAUUUUUCUAUUAAUUGUUAUCCUUAAUUUUGUUACGUGUUUAUAGAUAAGAGUAUUCAGCUAUUGCUGUAUAAAUUCAUAUGCAAUAUCAACUUUGCGCAAAAGUUUAAUUCAUUUAGUUUAUAAAAUUUUUAUAGAAAUAUAGAUUGCAAGAAAAGUGGGACUGCUGCUGUUUUAAUAUCACGUAAUAUAAAAGUCUUUUUGUGAUGAACUUCAUGCAGCAUAGCUUGAGUAAGUUGCACGUGAUGCUUCCUAAAUAUAUUAUCUUAAAUCCCAACUUGCAAAAGAAAAAAUCCUAAAUCAUCCUCAAAUAGCAAGGAUACUAUUCAUACAAAUAUUUUAAUUUGAAUCAGUUAAAAUUUUACUCAUUUUUAAUAUAAGGUAUGAUGCUAAUCAAACCUUCUGAACAUAAAUCGCAUGUUGGCUAGUAGAAUCACAUUUUUCCCUCCCGCUUUAUUUUUACUAUUGCAAAGAAGGAGGAGACAGCUUUACUCACAUCAUUCAUUCACCAAGGAAAAAGCAGGUCUGGAUCUCCAGUACACCGAAACCUGCAAAGCUAAGUGUGCAAAUAUUUCCAUUUCACAGGACCGGUGAUGCCACAUUACUUGCACCCUUCAUACAGCCCGGUUACACUGAGGUAGGAAAUGGGUAUGGAAAGUACUUUUUAAAAUAUACAAAGUUUGUGUCAGCAAGCACAGGUUUGACCUGGAAAAAACAACGGUGGGAUAUGGAUAACAGGAUUGAGAUCUUGUGAAAUACAGAGCCAGGGUGGAAAAAAUGUGAACUGUGCUGUAAGUAGAAGGUAAGUUUGGAAGAGCAGCACGGUAGAGGGUAGCAGACAUGAUGUGAAGCUCUGUUCUGGGUAAGAAGUAGGUAAAGCCACAGUAAGAGGGUUCAGUUUUAUGCUGCUGGACCAGGCCAUACAACAAAUGUGAACAGAGUUGCAGCUACCAUCACUUGUGCAAACUCCAAUUGGGAACAUUGCUGCAGGUAUUAGGACUGUCAAUCAAGAAUAUGGCCUGCAGGGGGUCAAUUCUGUUCUCUCAUGAGACUGAUGAAAACGUGUUUGAUGAAAACCUUAAAAGGUCCCCUCCAACCCAAACUAUUCUGUGUGAAGGUCAGUAAACUGCAGAGAAGUCUUCAUACUGCCAGAUCCGUGACCGGGUAGCAAAAGUCUUUUAUAUUACAUUUUCGAGUAGAAUGAAAGAAGAACAAAUCUCAGAAGUUGACCUUCAUUACCAUUUGUGAAACUUAAUAUUGAACCAGCAAGGGAAAAGAAAGCUCCAAAAGUAAGACCAUACUAAUAUUAUGAAAAAUGAAUCACUUCUGAAGUAUUUAUUUUGCCUUUCAAAAUCAAUGCCGAUAAAGAAGAGCUGUGUAGUAAUCAGCUGAAAUACAUUUGCAUCAAAAGCCAAUAACUACUUCUCUACAACUUUAGUAAUUUUGAAGUAGGAAGAGAGGAGGAAGGACAGAGGGUUUUUUGGCACAUAUGAAAUAGUAUAGUUUCAUUACAACAGUAGUUUCUCU